AGCUCCCCAAUCCUUCCCAUCCUAAAACCCUAACCUUUCUCGGUCUGAGUAACAAUGGGAUUUUUCGACCUUAACAUUCCGUACACCGAUUCAACGCCGCCCAACAACGUGAAUUCUUCUGCCUCCGCCAAAUCAACCCGCAUUAAAAUCGUGAUCAAAGCGAUGGAGUUGGGCUACACGGGUAUCGCCUACAACCGUACGAUCAGGGGCGUCAUGUCUGAUCGCGACCGUUGCUCAAUUUCUCUCCUCACUCUCUCCUCUCUCCUCAAUAUCGCCCCCUUUCUAUCCUCGUCCGUCAAACUCCAUCGCGAUCUCCUCGGCGUCCCUCGCUCCUCCCCUUUCCGCCAGUACACGCGCCUCACCGUCUGCAUCGACACCGCAUCGCAGUCACAAGCGUUGAAUUCGGGAAACCCGGUGUUGAAGACGUACGACGUCGUUGCCGUUAGGCCAUUGAACCAAAAUGCAUUUGAUCAAGCAUGCGAAAAAGCUGAGGUGGAUAUAAUUGCAAUUGAUUUCUCAGAUAAGCUGCCGUUUCGAUUGAAAUUGCAUAUGGUUAAAACUGCUAUUAAGCGUGGGGUUUAUUUUGAAAUUACGUAUUCUGAUCUUAUUGUGGAUGUUCAUCUAAGGAGGCAAAUGAUAUCCAAUGCUAAGUUGCUGGUGGAUUGGACUCGAGGAAAGAAUCUCAUAUUUUCUAGUGCUGCGCCUUCUGUAUGUGAGGUUAGAGGACCAAAUGAUGUUGCAAACUUAGCAACUUUGCUUGGUCUCUCUAUAGAACGAGCUAAAGCAGCUAUUUCCAAAAAUUGUAGGAGUCUUCUGGCUAGUGCUUUGAGGAGAAAACACUUUUUCAAGGAGGUCAUCAGGGUUGAAGCAGUGUCAUCUAGUGUGCCAUUUGACAGUUGGAAACCUUGGUCUGCAGACUGGCUUAACUGGGAUCUCAUCUCUAGUGGUGAAGGUGAUUUAUUGCUGGAUGACAUGGCAAAGUCCUUCUCUUCCUCCAGUAAUGUAUCAAACACUGUGAAAGCCAUUGAUUUUGAUUCUGUUAUUGACAACAUGCCAUCGCACGGAUUCCAAGUUAAGGGUUUGAUAUCUGGAACUAAGGCUGCCUCCCACUCACUGGCAAAAGUUAAAAACAUUUUGUCUACUACGGAGCCAGUUCAGUUACCUAUUAUAACUAAUCAGGUGUCUGAAAAGUCUGGCAAGCUCGAUUUUCCUGAAACAGAAAAGGCUUCGUUAGAUGGAACACCGUCAGAGCAUCUAACCUCUUUAUUUGGGGAUUCUCAAAAGUUAUACCUGACGACUGAUGGUACAAAAAUUUCAACUGAUUCUGAGGAAGUUGUAACUAAUACAACCACAACUAAGGAAGAACCUGAGACUCAUAAUGGCUUGGAUAUAAUAUUUGCCUCAGUUGAAAAUGAAUCUGAAAGUCUGGAUCUGCAAUCAGAAAAUUGCUUUCCUGAUUAUGAAAAAAAUGUUAUGUUACUAAAUGAGAACGUGAGAAUUGAGGCAUCAAGCAAUGAACUAAAUGUUGUAAUGCCCAAUGAGAAUGUGACAUCUCAAACAUCAACCAUGGACAUUGAACCAGAUGCAGGUUGUAAUGCUGCUGCUUUAGAGAUUUCUCCUCCAUCUAAGGAUAAUAUUUUACCUCCUGCUCAGAACAAAGAUUCUAAGAGUUCAAAAGGUUCUCGAAUAGAUUCACGUGAGGAGACUAUUAAGGUGGAUGAUGUAGCAGUUGGCAUGCAUAUAGAUGUGGAACACCAGGAUAAUAUGUCUUUGUCCUUGACUAAUGUGUCUUUGCUUGAAAAUUUUUCAGAAAGGAUACCAUUUAGGGGUACUGGAGAGGAUGCAGUUAUUACUGAUCAAAUUUCAUUUCAGCAGUCUGAUGAAGGGGUGAAUGUUAAAGAUAUACCCUUGGUGACAAACCAUGAAAACCAAGUAGAGUUGGUAAAGGAGGAGCGAAAGAAUGCAGAAAGUGAUGUCAAAAUGAAUGAUCCAGCCUCAGUCUUAAGUGACGAGUCUUUACACGAAAAUGUCCUUGAGAGAGAGCCAACCACAGUACCUGGAGAUGAUGGGGGUCUUGUGGGUUGGAAUCCAUUUCCAGAGUCCAAUGCAGAGAUGAAGGGUAAAGACAUACCUUCAACCAUAACUAAUGAGAUCCAAGAGCCGGCAUUGGAAAGGCAAAAGCAUGGAGAACACGAUAGAAAAAAUAAUGAUCUUUCAUUAGGUCAGCGUAUAACAGGAAAACUGAGAACAAGAUGGAGGAAUCCUCGUCUAGCUCUUUUAUUUCCUUUACGGCGUUACUUGUAUCCUGUAUCUUUCAAGAGGAAAGCAGCUAAAAAAUCUGAGCGCAGGAUGAAGAUGGCAUAGCUAUUUUAAGUUCCUUUUGUCUUUGUCUACCGGGAUAUGUACAUUAGCUGAGCAAAGUUUUUUAUUUAACCGCACUGAUCUUUAUCUACAUUUGGUGAUUAUCAGAAAAAACUCUUGCAGUUCUGCUCUGUUCCUACCAGAACCAUUAACCUGUUAAAGUAAUUCGAGACUCAUCAGCACUCUUCCUAGCUUUUCUUGCUUCUUUUGCUUAUUGCAGGCUUCAAAAAACCCAUCGUCAGGUACCAGACCUUGCCCACCGGCCACCAUCAUUAUGAAGCUAGCCGAAAUUUGUCCCCCGCAUAGCAAAAUGAUGAUUGCUAAUGUGAAAUAGUUCACAAACUGUAAGACAUUAAUCUUGUCAUAUUCAUAAAAUUGGAAUUUGACAUAGUGAAUCAAAUGUUCGUAUUUCCUCCAUAAUUCCAU